GGGCCACAUGUGGGACUACAGGCACAGUGUGGACCAGUACGGUGCCCUGGGCGGCACUGCGUGUUCCAGCGUCGACUGGCAGAUCUGCCAGAGACAGGUCUAUGUUGCCCACACUGGAAUACAGUGGUGUAAUCAUAGUACACUAUAACCUUGAACUCCUGGGCUCAAGUAAUCCUCCUGCCUCAGCCUCCUGGAUAGCUGGGACUACAGGAAUUUUACUGCCUUGAUUCGGGACAGAUUAUCAAGAGGUGGGCACCGUUAUCCUCUCUUUCAUGCAGGAUUUAUCACAUGUUCCUGCUCCAGCGCGGCUCCUAGACUGGCCCCAGGUGCUGGCCCUGGGGGUUUCAAUCCAAGCAUACUUCACUGAAGCAUGUGUUUGGCAGCGGGACCCAGCUCACUGUUUUAGAUCGAGUCCAGCUGCAUUGCCCAGGCUGGAGUGCAAUAGUGCGAUCUUGGCUCACCAUAACCUCCACCUCCCAGGUUCAACCGAUUCUCCUGCCUCAGCCUUCUGAGUAGCCGGAAUUACAGGUACAAGCCAUAAUGCACAGCUAAUUUUUGUAUUUUUAUUACAGACAGGAUUUCACCAUGUUGUUCAGGCUGGUGUGCUCCCUCAUUUCUAAGAGAUUAAACAAGUCUUUGCUCGAGGGAAGUUGGUGUUCUCAAUGCUGAGGCCAGGCAUCUCCUCAUAAUUAAAAGUGGGGAUGUGUUUUACCCAAGGCCUCACUAUUGAUGGGAUUUGGGCUCUGACAUGUGCACAGGUGACUGCCUGGCAGCGCUAGGACGUGGAGAGUUUCUCAGCUGCUUGGCACAGAGAGUCACUGGCCAUCUUUGGAGGAAGCAUCAUUUUGGGAAAUAGAAAACCAGGUCCUGUGUUGGGCAUUUCUCUGUGAGGCUCCCAGGGUCUGGGGCUCCAGCUGCUCUCUGAGAAGAAGGUGUGGGGGGAGAGAACAGGGCCCAGCCACACCCAGCCCCUCCUGCAUGGUUCCUGCUCAUCAGGGUGUUAGAGGGGUGGGGGCACCAGCAGUGGUCAGGCCUGUGUUUCUGUGGGUGGGGCCAGGGAGGGAUCCUCGGGGCAUCCUAGGGAGUCUCUCCCAUGGCUCCUGUUUCACUUUCCUGUGGCUGCUGUCACAAAUGACAUGUAAUUUAGAGGCUCAAACAUCACACAUUGAUUCUCUCCCUGGUCUGGAGUCAGAUGUCUAAAAUGAAUCAUAGAGUGCUAAAAUCAGGGUGCCAGCUGGGCCAGGCUCCUUCUGAGGGCUACGGAGAGAAUCCGUUUCCAGGAUUUUUCCAGCUUCUAGAGGAUGCCCUGGGCUCUUGGCCCCUUCCUCCAACUUCAAAGCCAGAGCUCAGCAUCUUCAAAUCUCUCUCCCACUCCUCUCUCUCUCUCUCUCUCUUUCUCUCUCUCCCUGUCUCUCUGUUUUUCUCUCUCUGUCUCUCCCCCCACACUGUCUUCUCUCACCCUCCCUCCUCCUCUCCCUUUCUUUUCUUCCAGCCCCACACCUGCUGUCACUCUGACCCUCCUGCCUCCUUUGUAUAAAGACCCCACCUUGGACCCACCCAGAUAACCCAGGAUCUUCUUCCACCUCAGGCUCCUUACCAUCAUCAUAUCUGUAAAGUCCCUGUGGUCACACAGCACAGCACAUGGACAGGUCCCAGGACUGGGACACAGCCAUCCCUGGGCCCUAAUUCAGCCGCCACAGCUCCUUUCCCUCCUUCCUCUCUCCUUCUCCGGGUAUAAGAAGGGAAUGCAGAGGUUGGUCAAUGAAUACACACUUACAGUUAGGUGCAAGGAAUGUGUUCUAAUGUUGGAUAGCAGAGUAGGGUGACUAUGGUUAGCAAUAACGUAUUGUAUAUUUCAAAAUAGCUACGAGAGAACUUGAAAUAUACUCAACACAUAGAAAUGAUAAAUACUCAAGGCCAUACCCCAAAUAUCCUGACUUGAUAAUGACAUGGUGGAUGCACGGAACCAAACAGCACAUGCACCUCAUAUAAAUGUCCAAUAUUAUGUAUCAGUGUAAUUGCUAUGAAUAAGAAAGGCAAAAAAAAGAAGCAUAAACUAGCCAUUUGACCUAGCAAUUCCAGCCCUAGGAAUUUAUCUAGAAGAAACGAAAGCAUGUGUUCAAAAAAGACGUGUACAUAAAUGUUCUCAGCCUCAUUCACUAUAGGCAACAACUGGAAACAACCCAAGUGUCCAUCAGCUAGAGAAUGGAUAGACCCACGUGGUCUGUGCAUACAGUGGAGUACUGCUCAGUUACAUAAAGAAAAGAAACUAUGGAUACAGGCCACAGGAGGGAUGAACUUCAAAACAUUGCAGUAAGUGAAAGAAAUAAAACUCCACGAGGGACGUUGGUAGGUAUGGACAUGUUUUUGAACUGGCAGAAUUUUACUCUGUUCAUUGGGGUAUUAGGUAUUGAGUCUCUAUUGACCAGAUACUGUGCUAGGUGCGGCCAUCAGAGAAAUGACAAGCAGACACCAGCUCCGUUGUGAUGAGACUCACCCGAUCAGCCGUUUCUGAUGAACAAUCAGACAGUUUCACUUUUGUCACCCAGGCUGGAGUGCAAUGGUGUGAUCUUGGCUCACUGUGCAACCUCUGCUUCCUGGAUUCAAGCGAUUCUCCUGCCUCAGCCUCCCGAGUAGCUGGGAUUACAGGUGCGCGCCAUCACGCCAAGCUAAUGUUUCGUAUUUUUAGUAGAGAUGGGGUUUCACCAUGUUGGCCAAGCUGGUCUCGAACUCCUGACCUCUGGUGAUCCACCCCCACUCAGCCUCCCGAAGUGCUAGGAUUACAGGCGUGAGCCACCGUGCCCAUCUGUACCAGCGUUUUCUAUUGAGUUUCUUGCCAAGGGUGACUUCCAAUAACAACCCCCCUUGCACUUUGCUCAGGACUGGAAAGCUCAGGCAGCGCAGGGUGAAUAAAAGCCUGAGUGGUGCAGUACCCACGGAGGGGCAGGGCGGCCACAAGGUGGGCAGCACCUGGGACGGGCAUUGUGAGGCGUUGGGUAGGGCUAUGGGGCUGGACAUUGUGAGUCACUAGCCUGACCUGGCUGUUUCCUGGCAACCAGGUGACAUAGGAAGCUUUAUGGGUUAUAGGCAUCAGCCAGGGCCAGCAGCCUUCAGUCGGUAGCUAGUAGUGGAGGGAGGAGGAGCUCCGACUGUGCUGACGGCAGUUUUUGUGCUGCUUGGCGCUUGUCGUGUUCGUUUAUUUUUCAAAGAAGACAGCAGGUCCCCAACCUCAUAGACCAGCUAGUUUGGGAGGUGGCGGCAGAGUAAGGGCUGAGGCCCCAGAUCUGCCUGGGGUAAGGCUGCUUCUAAAAGUGCAGGUCCACCCUCAGUAGUGUGGCUGCUAGGGCAGCACAGUUACAAUUUCAUUGAAGGCUCAGGCAGGAGUGGAGAGGCCCCAUGGGGAAUAUACUGAGCUGUUGUGGCAGCUCCAGCUGUGGCUGGCGCAAGUGGAAGGUGGCACCCUGUGAUGAAUCUGAUGUUUAUGAGGCCGUGGCUGCUAAAUCAGAAUCCGCUGCUAUAGAGCCUGGCAAGCUGGAUGUGGGAGCCACGGAGGGCCAAGAUCUGCAGCACAUCAGCAACCAAAAGAUGCCCACAGGUCCCCCUGAGGACCGCCUGAGUUUAAAAUUUCUACCACCAAGUGAGGAAGACAGUGAUGAUGCCAAGAUUUUACCAUCACCUGUCCAGGGUUCUUCUGAGGACAACCUGAGUCUAGUAUGCCCAUUGCCAAGCAAGGAUCAUGAUGGUGAUCAUGAUGAUGCCCAGGUUUUACCAUCACGUGUCCGGGGUGGCUGUUACCAGUUUAAUAGCAGUUCUUGUUCUUCUGUGGACAACCUGAGUUUAGUAUGCCUACCACCAAGCGAAGAUGAUGAUUUGGAUGAUGAAGAUGAUGCCCAGAUUUUACCAUCACGUGUCCAGGAGAUGGGGUCUGAAGAUGUCCUGUUUGUAAGAUGCUCACCAGGAUGCAAAGAUGAUGAUGAUGAUGAAGAUGAUGCCCACAUAACAGCUCAGAAAGAAAGCGACCUGACGCUGGAGAAUCUCAGUGACGAGGAGAUUCAUCCAGAGUCCUCCUGGCUGUCAGGAGGGCUUUCCCCUUCAGAUACAUUGCCAGAGGAGCUGUCCAAAGUACCUUUAUUUUUCUGUUUUUUGUCACCUCGACCAUCUUCGCCAUCAUCUGAAUCACCAUCACUGUCUACAGCAGGGAGCUCAGGAUCCAGAGGGGGCUCGUACAGGGCUGUGUUUCAUGGCAGCUCAGCUGACGCUGCGUGGCGUGCGUGGCGUGCGUUGCGUGGAGUCCCGGAUGAGAAGAGGGAAAGCGACUCCGGUUCCUUCAGGACCCGCUUUAGGGGGCACCGCGGCGGCUUGGGGACAGCUUGGAGACCCGUCCUGGGGAGAAAACAGCUCCUGCCUGUGGCCCUGACUUCUUAGGCGGGAGCUGCGUGCAGCUCAGCUUCUCCGGGGCAUUUUUUUCUACACGCUCACUCUCACAGACCAUGCUGGAGCACAGUGGCACAUCACAGGACCAUGUGUAUUGGGAUAUUGGCUACCUACAGCUUUGCAACGCAAUUUGGUAUCAGGAAUUCUGGGUGGGCUAUGAACAGGCCAACUGCAAGGGCGAGCAGUUUGUGUUUGAGAAGGCGAGUACGCCCACUGGGACUGGUGGACCAGCAGCCAGAGGACAGACUCAGCAGCCUGAGGCCCAUCAAAGUGGACAGCCAAGAGCACAAGAUCAUCCUCUAUGAAAAUCCCAACUUCACCGGGAAGAAGAUGGGAAUCAUAGAUGACGAUGUACCCAGCUUCCACGUCCAUGGCUACCAGGAGAAGAUGUCAUCUGUGCAGGUGCAGAGUGGCACGUGGGUUGGCUACUAGUACCCCGGCUACCGCAGGCUGCAGCACCUGCUGGAGAAGGGAGACUACAAGGACAGCAGCGACUUUGGGGCCCGUCACCCCCAGGUACAGUCUGUGCGCCGCAUCCACGACAUGCAGUGGCACUAAUGUGGUUCCUUACACCCCUCCAACUAGUGCCCUCCCCACCAUGCCUCCUUCCCAGGACCCAGGUCUGCUGCCCAGGAACCCUCCAGACCUCCCAGAGAGUGAAUAAAGUGUGACUUGCAACUUG